AUGAAAAUCCAAAUCAGAUCUCUUGUAUUUGUAUCAAUUGCUCUCCUCUUGUCUGCUACCGUGGUCCAUGCUCGUGAGAAAAAGGAAAAGGUGGCCUGUCAUGCAAGCACCGAACCCCGGGCUCAAGCGGUCUGCCAGGACCAUUGCGACGAUCGUGGUUACAAAAAUCUCGCAAAGCGACAUUUCCCAUUAGCCUAA